AGAGGCAACUUCAACUGCAGCCAAAAAGUGAGGAAGCUCAGCCGGAGCUAUGGAGGGCCAGAGCGUGGAGGCGCUGCUGGUAAAGGCGGAGCAGGACGAGGCAGAAAAGCUGCGGUGCAUCACGGUGCAUAAGGAGCUUGAGCUGGAGUUUGACCUGGGCAAUCUGCUGGCUUCAGAUCGGAACCCCCCGACCACGCUGCGGCGGGCAGGACCCACGCAGGAGGCCGACUUGCGAGCCCUGGCUCGGGACAACACGCAGCUGCUCAUCAACCAAAUGUGGCAACUGCCUACGGAGCGCGUGGAGGAGGCGCUGGUGGCGCGGCUGCCGGAGCCCACCACCCGCCUGCCGCGGGAGAAGCCCGUGCCCCGACCGCGACCACUUACACGCUGGCAGCAGUUCGCGCGCCUCAAAGGUAUCCGUCCCAAGAAGAAGACCAAUCUGGUGUGGGACGAAGUGACCGGACAGUGGCGGCGCCGCUGGGGCUACAAGCGCGCCCGGGACGACACGAAGGAAUGGCUGAUAGAGGUGCCUGGGGGCGCCGACCCCAUGGAAGACCAGUUCGCCAAGCGGAUUCAGGCCAAAAAGGAACGCGUGGCCAAGAACGAGCUGAACCGGCUGCGUAACCUGGCCCGCGCCCACAAGGUGCAAAUGCCCAGCACUGCCGGCUUGCACCCUACGGGACACCAGAGUAAGGAGGAGCUGGGCCGCGCCAUGCAAGUGGCCAAGGUCUCCACCGCUUCCGUGGGGCGCUUCCAGGAGCGCCUCCCCAAAGAGAAGGAGCCUCGGGGCUCCGGCAAGAAGAGGAAGUUUCAGCCCCUUUUCGGGGACUUUGCAGCCGAGAAAAAGAACCAACUGGAGCUUCUUCGAGUCAUGAACAGCAAGAAGCCUCAGCUGGACGUGACGAGGGCCACCAAUAAGCAGAUGAGGGAGGAAGAUCAGGAGGCGGCUGCCAAAAGGAGGCAAAUGAGCCAGAAGGGCAAGAGGAAAGGUGGGCGGCAGGGCCCUGGGGGCAAGAGGAAAGGCGGCCCGCCCAGCCAAGGAGGGAAAAGAAAGGGAGGCCCAGGAGGCAAGAUGCCUUCCAGGCCGCCUGGCUUGGGAGGCAAAAGGAAGGGAGUACAGCCCCAAGGAGGGAAGAAGAGGAAGUAAUGCUUUCGCCGGGACUUGCUCUGUAAAGCAAGGACUAUAUGCUAAAUGUGACGUUCUGGAUAUUGCACUGGGCGCAGAAGGAGGUGGUCGCAGCCUUCAUUGAGCUUGCAGGAACAGACUAGUACUCCCUUCAAGAGACUGUGUUAGUACUGGACUAUGUUAAUGUCUUCCCCACAACCCAGAUUUGGCUGGAGAUUAAGGGUGUAUUCGAGGACAUAGGAAUUAGGGAAAUAAUUUGGUCGAAUCAUUUUAAUUUUGGACAUGGGUGA